AUGCUCGCAUGUAUGGAGUUCCAUCUUCUCCUUCUAGCCUUGAUCUCUGUCUUCCUCUUCUAUUUUCUGUUGCUGCUGCUGCAAGAGCAUAGGAAAACAGAGGAGAGGAGACAGCUUCUUCCACCAGGUCCUCCCGGCCUUCCGUUCAUCGGCAACUUGCACCAGCUGAUCAAACACAACGCCACCCCUCAUCUCUACCUGUGCCAAUUGUCCAAGAAGUAUGGUCCCCUUAUGUCGUUGAGGCUUGGUGUUGUGCCUGUCAUAGUCAUAUCUUCUGCAAAAAUGGCCAAAGAAGCCUUGAAAACUCAUGAUCUCGCAUUCUCCGGGAGGCCUUCCAUGCUUGGCCAGCAUAAACUAUCCUACAAUGGCUCGGGCUUGAUUUUUGCCCAAUAUGGUGACUACUGGAGGGAAAUCAGAAAAUUUUGUGUUCUUCAUCUUUUUGGUACCAAGAGGGUACAAUCCUUUCGGCCUGUUCAUGAAGAAGAGGUCUUGGCCAUCAUCGAUAAAAUCUCUACGUUUUCUUCUCCUAAACAAGAAGUGAAUUUGAGUGAGAUGUUGAUGUCUCUUUCAAACAACAUAAUUUGUAAUUGCUUUGGUAAAAGGUACGAGGACAAGGAUGUCGAGGGAUGUGGAGGAAAUAGCUUCCACAAGAUCCUCAAUGAAGCUGAGGCCUUGGCCUGCAGCUUCUUUUUGUCGGACUAUUUCUCAUUUUUGGGUUGGGUGGACAAACUAACUGGACUAUGUGGUAGGCUAGAUAAUUUUAGGGAAUUGGAUUUGAUUUUCCAAGAAAUUAUUGAUGAGCACCUCAAUCCAAAGAGGUCGAGAUUCGAGCAAGAAGAUGUUGUCGACAUCUUACUCCAACUCAGAAGCGAUCAACUAUUUACAACUAAUCUCACUUUUGACCAAAUCAAGGCAUUGAUCAUGGAUGUGUUUAUUGCUGGAACAGACACAAGUGCAGGCACUAUAAUUUGGGCAAUGACCGAGUUAAUGAAAAAUCCUAGGGUGAUGAAGACUGCACAAGAAGAACUUAGAAGUUUAAUAAAGGAAGAUUUCAUAGAUGAAGAUAAUCUUUCUAAACUAACUUACCUUAAAGCUGUGGUGAAAGAGACAAUGAGAGUACACCCUAUAGCUCCCUUGCUUGUUCCUCGAGAAACAAUUGAAAAGUGCACUAUUGAUGGGUAUGAGAUUCAACCCAAGACGAUUGUAUAUGUAAAUGCAUGGGCCAUAGCAAGGGAUCCCGAGUCUUGGGAAAAACCAGAAGAGUUCUUGCCUGAAAGAUUCCUAGGCAGUUCUAUAGACUUUAAAGGACAAGAUUUUGAAUUAAUACCGUUUGGGGCUGGCCGAAGAGGUUGCCCUGGUAUGCAUCUCGGAGUUAUGACAGUGGAACUCACACUCGCCAAUCUUCUUUACUCCUUCGAUUGGGACCUGCCAAGUGGGAUGAAAGAAGAAGACAUCGACACGGAGGUGGCUCCAGGCAUUGCAAUGCUCAAGAAAGUUCCUCUUAACCUUUUGGCUAAUAAGUAUCUAGUACGUAUGUUGAGAUGAAUGUGCGUAUCCUACUUCUUCUUUUUUUUUUUUUUUUGGGUUAAAGAAAUUGACCUUAUUUGAGGUUUGGUGAAAAGACAAUAGCCUCUCUUGAGGUUUCAAAAAUUUCAAGGACCUUCCCUGAGGUUUCAUGAAUUUCAACGAUCUCUCUUCAGAUUUUCCAAAAAGACACAAAACUUCCAUUGUAUCUUACAAAAAGAUUAGUUUUUUAAGGGGAAGCUUGUGCCUUUUUAGCAAAUCUCGAGGGAGGUAUGUGACAUUUUUGUAACCUCAUGGGAGCUUCGCGGUAUUUUUGAAAUCUCAAGCGAGAUCUUUGUCUUUUUUCCAAAUCUCAGGGGAGGUAAGUAUCUUUUGUCCUCUUUUUUUUUUUUUUCUAAUUUCUUCUUUUAAAUCAAGAUGUUGCAACCUAAAAAGGGUGUUUGAAUGAAAUAAAAGGGGUUUGUGUUUUAUACAA